AUGUUUCCAAUCUCUACUUCGAUCAUCCGAUACGCUGAUCUUAAUUUAACAGUGGGUCACAUGGCUGCCGCCUGUCCCAAAGCCGGAACUCCCAGCUGCUACAACUGUGGAGCCGAUGGUCACAUCUCUAAAGAUUGUUCUAGCGCCCCCGUUCCUAAGAAUUGUUACAAUUGUGGCGAGAGCGGCCAUAUUACACUCAUUGACCUUCCCUUCAUUGACGCAUACAAUUUGGUUUCUAGAGCCGUGAUUGUCCUCAACAGUAUCAUGGUAACUCCGGUGGUGGUGGUGGCCGCGGUGGCGGAAACGGUGGUGGUCCUCAAUGCUAUAAAUGUGGUAAGGUUGGCCACAUCUCUCGCACUUGCACUCAAGCUGGCGAAAAUUCAGGUGGGAGCUACGGAGGCAAUUAUCAAUCAGGACGCGGUGGUGGUGGCUACAACAGUUUCAACAACGGUUACGGUGGUGGAGGCGGUUCCACCAAAUCCUGCUACACAUGUGGUGGAGUGGGCCAUCUAUCUCGAGACUGCGUUCAAGCACAAAAAUGCUUCAAUUGCGGUGAAGUCGGUCACGUCAGUCGAGAUUGCUCCCAACCCCAAUCAAAGACCUGUUACAACCCUUGGCUGUGAGACAUCAAUUCUUGAGCUAAUCGAAGCAAAACCUCACCUCCCCUCUCAGUGCGGUGAAGCUGGACAUAUCAGCAAGGAUUGCCCAACUGCACCUUCUGGCGAUACUACUGCUGCUUAA